GGGCCAUGGAGCUGGAAGGCUUGUGGUGGAAGGGCCAGCUGGCUGCUGAUAUCCACCAGGCACUCCGCUAUAAGGAAUUGAAGCUUCCGUCCUACAAAAGCCAGUCUCCCCAGCUGAACUUAAGACGCUACUUUGCAGACUUGAUAGCUAUUGUCAGCAAUCGGUUUAAACUGUGUCCAACUGCUCGCCAUCUCGCUGUGUACCUGCUGGACCUCUUCAUGGACAGAUAUGAUAUUUCUAUCCAACAGCUCCAUAUUGUGGCAUUAUCUUGUCUGCUUUUAGCAAGUAAAUUUGAAGACAAAGAAGAUCGAGUGCCAAAGCUGGAGCAGCUGAACAGUCUGGGCUGUAUGACCAAUAUGAACCUGGUGCUGACCAAACAGAACCUUCUUCAUAUGGAGCUUCUGCUGCUGGAAACCUUUGAGUGGAACCUGUGCCUUCCGACUCCUGCC